AUGCCACCUAGAGCAGGACCAUCUCGUGCUCGCCCUCGAGGUGGGAGAGCAUCAUUCAUCCCUUCAACACAGUAUCAAGCCGGACCUUCGUCUCGAUCGGAAAGGGAAGAAUCCGAGGAUCCUUUAGCUCUGACUCCUCUCAAAGACAACGAUAGACGUAGAGCAGAGAGCCUUUCAGAUAACGUCAGGAAUUCAUCACCUAGAGUAUUGUAUUCUACUCCUAUCUUAAGCAAAAGUACAAUCGGGAGGAGAAGGGGGACAAGGUCCAGCAAUAUCAGAUCUUCCUCUCCAGCAGCAGGACCUUCCACUCAGAUCCCUUCUUCCACUUCGAGGAUCACACGAGCAUCCAAACGAAGAGAAAGGGGACAUGAAGAGCUCGGCGAAGAAGAUCUGGUUCCUCCUAGCGAGGACGGGGAGUAUGAGGACUGGAUGGAGAGUAGGAGGAUAGGAUUGGAUAAGGGAAAAGCUAAAGCAAUGGACCAAGAUUUGAUUCAUGACACGGGAGACGACGACUUCAGUGAAGUUGGAGAAGCACAAGGGUCCAUAAAGCCUAAAAAGCCUGAUAAAAAGUCUUUCAAGCUUUUUUCGCCAAAGCAUUUUGAGUCCCUCCUACCUUCACCUGUCCCUCCAACCUCACCACAAUCUUCAAUAGCGUCCUCGAUCACCGAUACAAGAUCAAGAGAGACAUCUCCAACACAGCCAAUGUCAUUCAGCCAACAAGAUGAUCUCUUUUACCCAGCGUUUGAGGGUAAUCAGUACUUUGAACGUCAGGAGGAGAACGAUCGGAAUGAAGCUGAGUAUAAUUUCGAUGAGAAUCAAGCAAGUGUGGAAAAAGAGUAUAUACUGGUGGAAGAGAGACUCUCGCAGGAGCAAUUAGCAUCUUCCCCAUACUCAUACAAGUCACCCACUCCUCGCACAAUAUCUUUGCUUGUAUCUCAGGACGGAAAGUCCGAGACGUUUUUCCCUCAACCACAAGCAGACAUUCAACCGUCACCACCACGUUCCUCAACACCUCAUACAGUACCACUUUCACUGACACAAGAGCAAGUAUUCAAGACCCUACCUUCCGAGACUAUGCUCGAAGAGAAAGAGGACGUGGAGACUGUUGACAACCCAAGGCGAAAAUCUUCUACUCCUCAAACCAUACCAUUUCUACCCAUUCAAGAUGAAGGCUUCCAAACCCUUCUUCCUGUGCUCGGGAUAAGUGAAGACAUGGGUGCAGCAUUUCGUGUUGCUUAUCCCGAAAAGGUGACUUCUGCAACAUCGAGCCCACCGUUGCAAUUUCCCUUUCAAGAUCAUCCUAUCACUCCAAUGCUCUCACAUCCACUGGGUGACAUUUCUCCGAAGGAGAUCGCAGGACCUGUUCGGGACGAUCAAUUCCCCUCGACAUCCCCACAGGAUCAGGACAUCACAUUCACUCAAGACCACUUUGCAUCACCGUCCAAGCGGGGUGUUUUAAUCAGACGAUUGUCUUCGGCAAGUGCCCUUUCUCCCAUACUCGCAGCUGUAAGUGAGGAUCCGGUCGGUCAACACCCUAUUCCGACACCACUUCCGGCAGAUCAAGCUUUAGAGCAGUUUCGUGGAGUUCGUACCUUUCGUACACGUACUGUCCUCCAACUUCAGCCGUAUACCAAAGAAAGGCAAAUAUACGAAGCAGCACUCAAGAAAGGUGGUUUGAAAAAGGGGAAGAAAGCUGUCGCGCCUUCUAAGGAGAUAACCCAGGAAGAGGACGAAGAGGAUGAAGCUCGCAUAUCGGACAGCUCAGAAGCUAGUGCUGCUGAGGAACCUCCAGAACGAAUAGUUAUUGGAAAUACUCCACCACCAAAAAAACAUCGCGAACCGAAGAAACUUAUAGAUGCCGAUUUUGAUGAAUACUUUUUUGAACAUGGAUCACCUGCCGACGAGCAUGACCCAGAUCACAUGAGGGAUCUGCAGAAGAUUGCAAGAAGGAGGAUCAGGAUGCAAAAAGAAGAAAGACUGAGGUCAAGGCAAGCCGAAAAGGAGAAUAAGGAAUUCGAAAGGCUUAUGAGAGAUAUGAGAGGCGAAAAGGAGUCUUCCGACGAAGAGGGAUCUAGUAAAGCAGAUCAAAAUCUUGCAAAACCUCGCCCAGCUGUACCACGACCAAGUACUCGCACGCCUGGUGGAACCAAAACAUACGGCAGUAAAAGUAAAGCACUUCGACAACCUAUUCUACCACCUCUCAACUCGCAUGAGAGUGCCCUUCCCUCUGACUCUAAUCCUCUCGUGUCGCCUGCGAAAAGCCAUUCCAAUACUCCGACUGCCUCUUUCCGGACAGCGUUUUCUGGUCUUGGGGAUGUGGACAUGGAUAUCGGUUAUGGUCAACCCCAAGAGUCUUUCCAUCGCGACGUCGCAGGCGAUGAUCCUCAAUCGCCUUCGCUACAACACCUAAAAUCCUUCAUCAUCAGCGAUAUUCAUCGGUCACAUAGUCCACCUCACGUACAUGAUUUGGUAUCAGACUCUGACUCCGUAUCUUCUAGCACUGUACAAGAUCGUCGGCAAAGGAUCGCCCGUAGAAUGAUGCCUGCUGCAAUGCUCCGUCAGCUGGAAGCUGAAGCUGAAGCCAAAGAUCGGCGUAGAGCUGAGAAGAAGCGUAGGGAGCGAAAAACAACAAUCUCUCCCAUUAAACCAGGCAGAGCCGUAGUCAGACGGAGAGGUGGCCAAGGCGAUAUCGACGAUAUCAACGAAUUGUUCGAAGACAACGACGCGGAUGUGAUCUCCCAACAGACUCCGACUAUGGUCCUUGAUCCAUCUAUUCCAAAUUCAUUUGAUGAGCCUAUGUUGGUACCCGACGGCAAUACAUCUUCGGAGGCUGAAGAGGAUAACCAAGCCGAACAGACUCUUGCGAGACUUCAUCGGGGUGACUUUGAAGGUAUCGUAGCCGGGAAUAGGUGGAAAAUGAAAGAGUCAAAACGAAAAGAAGGGAUUUCUCGGUUGAAAGUCCGUCCGGACCACUCUCGUCGACCAGCUUUAGGUUUAGCAAAGCGUGUACGUGCUCCGAUCAGCGAGGAAAAUAGAGCUAUGGUACAAAGUCGGUUGGACUUCCCAUUCAUUGAUAAGUCCCCGACCUCAUCUUUCACGAAGAAACGUAAAAGAUAUCCUCAAAAGGGACAACGUCAGCGUCCCGCGAUCCGACUGGAUGAUCAUGUGAUUUUCGCUACAGCCGAUUUCGAAUUUAGCAGUCAAGAUGAAGUUCAGGAUCGACCCUCAACGAAACCAAAGGUCAAUCCUGCCAACAGGAUUUUUGCUCGGACACAAUCUGCCAACGUCGCACACGCAAAUCCUCUCGACGCUGGUGUAGGAAAAGCAAGAUCUUGGGCGAACUUCGAUAGGUUUCCCAUAGACUUCGACAUAACACCUUUACCUUCUGGAAUUUACUGCUAUCAAACUUCAAUACCGGGCAGUGGAAAAUUGGAAAAACUUGUGGAGGAUAUGCGCAGCGUACAGACUGUCGAGUCAAUCGACGUGUGCAUAGAACAUGGGCUUGAACUCAGGCCAGACAUGUCUCCAAGCUCAAUACAAGCUAUUGUUCCGCUUCUUUUCGACGGAGUCCUACGACAAAUGGUAGUCAUUGCGAAUGAAGAGCUGACGGAAGGUCUCGACAUAAGCUUCUUCGCAUUCCUCGGCAAGUACAGUGCUGCGCAUCAAAGUGAUAUCGAGGAGACUACAACUGCGCUCACAUCAGAUAUUGAAGACGCUCUACGUCAUUUGAAUACAAAACUCGACAAUCUGGACAUCGGUCAAUCCAAGAAAGGACAGCGCGCCCUACUCGACCUUCGAUGGGCCGCUUUCGAGCUGAGUUGCAGACUUCAGACGCAUGAAAUUCGAGGAAUGGAAUCACUAAUACAGACAUGCUCCGUUACACUGCUUCGUCAACUUCUCUCGCUCGGUUUUGACAAGACGAUACGCUGUCUCAAGCAGAUUAUGCGAGGAGAAUCGGACUCUGCAGAAGUCAACGAUACCUCGGUGACUCUCUGGAUCUCUCUCAUUCACGCGCUGAACGCUUGGGAUAAUCGUCAGAAGAUUUCACUGGGUCAAACUUUCGUGAUAGCUUUAGAACAAGCCCUCGAUUCAGUCUUUCAUGCAGACCAGACCGGUCCUAUAGCUGCGGAAAGGAUUUGGUUCCUUGUCUUUGGUCUCUGCGCCUUAUCGCAAUUUGGCGUUGAUGGGAAGAUCAGCUCAAUCUUCAAUACAUUUCCGAGAUGGCUGCUCGUCCGGAGAGCUGCUGCCCUGAUCAAGGUUGCUUUUCACGAAGACGCAGAGAAAAAGGCUCAUCCUGAUCAGCUACGGGGUCGGGAUAAAUAUAUCAAAGUCAUGAUGGCUCGUUGUGUUAGGUUAUCAGCUGUGUGGAAAUGGUCGUUCGACCGAGAAAGCUUCAGCGUAGCUACAAGAAAUUUGGGCAUUAUAUUCAAGGACCGCCAAUAUAGGAAUUUGCCGACUGAACCACCAGUCGAUUAUCCAGACUUCAUAACUCGAUUCGAUAUGUCCCUUACUGCUGCAGAAGACACCAAACGAGAGACUGCUUUCGAGCUUUACAUACGGCUAGUCUGUGUGGCAGCUUCAGACAUUAUUUCUUCCGCUCAAACACUCUCAGAAGCUCAACAAGCUGAAAAGGAUGUUCAACGACUUGUCAUGUCUAUUAUCCCAGUCAGUUCGGUCAAAUUCAAUCGUAUAUUUCCACCUUCACCGAAAGAUCUAGGUCAAUUGAUCAAUCGAUACUCAACGAUGAUCGCCGCAUGUUACUUCUCACCUUCACUACUUGAUUAUUUAUUGGCAAAUUCCAAAAAAUGGUCUGUAUUCGAGCAAGCUGAUUUCGAUUCGAGGCAAAUCUGUAUCAGAGGACUGAUGUAUCUUUCCGUCGCAAGAAGGCACCAUACACAACCUCUUCAACCUGUUGUGAAUCGUCUAGCAGAAAUCAUGCGAAUCUUACAAUCUGAACUGGAAAUUUUAACCGGACCUUCUGCUCAAACCAUGGGUAUAGGUCCCAGCAAAUUGGAGAUUGAACGAACAAUGGUGUUAUUGGUCACUUGCUUUAGACAAAUGAUCAUCCAUCAUUCAUUUGAUAUGGAGGAGCAGAAGAAGGCGGUGUAUCCGGAUCCGUGUCUCUUACAUCAAAGCUGGACUAUACAUAUUUUUGAUCUCGAACUUGCUAAAGAUCCCAAGUGCGGGCUUGAAGUCGUUGCCACCAUUCAGACAUUCCUCAAUGCUCGUGCUUCGGCAUUACCGCAACUCGCAAGAUCGCGUCGAGAAGCCAAAGAAAGUCACAGCGAGAGUUUGGAUGAGUACGGUUCCUUAGGCAUAGAUUUCACAGACGCGGAUGUGUUAGCCCUAGGAGGGGAGAUUGAAAACGAGGAUGAAGAAGUAGACAAGCAGGACCAAGAGUUUGCAGCAAUCAUUGAAAAUGUUAUCUCGCCAAAGAUAUACCGUCUCUUAUCAGAUAUGCUCCCGCCCGUAUCAGAGGACGAGCCUUCCAAGCAGGAUCACUCCGCAGAUCGACAAGUCUUCAUUAGCAAAUUGACUAAGUGUUGGUCAGAUUGCGCAUCUGUACUGGUCGUCGAGCACCAAAGAUUGGACUGGUCAACGUUCAUUUCGCCUUUUGGUAGACAAUCAUGGGCUCGAUUAGGUGACGAAAGAGGAAGAGUACAAGUAGGAUUGCAUUUCAUGUCGAAUGUGGCUAUUCUUGAUCCGGCUGCGUUCACUCAUCACGAGGAGGAUUUUGUUGCCCUCUUCUUCCAAGUCAUAGGCACAGACAAGCUGACCGUUGAGCAUAAAUACCUGUCUGCUCUUCUGCUCACGCCUGGAGCGAUGGACCACCCUCUGCUCAGUCCAUUGGCUGGCUUAGAAGCUUUAGAAAGGGAAAUGAGCAGAGAUGGGUUUAUGGGAAUGAGAACUGAAGCAUUGAAAGCCAUAUUCGCUGCUGUACCUGAUCUUUUACGAUCUUCAAGAACACCUCCAUCAACCAAAUCAUUUGUCUAUAGGUGUAUCAACCUAUUUGUUUCAUCUCUGAUUUCGUACGACAAAUCCAUCGACAUCAAUAAAGUCAUUCAUAAACAAUCAUACCGCGCAUUUACAGAUACCAUCGUUCGAGAAUUGAAAAGCAUUGCAGGAGAAUUCAUCACACAAUUGUCUGUACCAGGAUUGAAGCAUUUUGGAACUUGA